UCAGGAAAAUGAGGCAGCCUCCUCGUAUGACGAAUGGUGUACUAAAACCCUCAAAAAAAUGAAAGAAGCGUCCCCAUUGAGCUUGAAAGUUACUUUACAAUCUAUACGAGAAGGUAGAUUCCAAUCUCUUGAUCAGUGUCUGGCACGUGAAUAUCGGAUUACUGUCAAUAGCAUCUCCAAAAAGAUCUCUAAUGACUUCUGUGAGGGUGUUCGAGCACGAUUAGUGGAUAGAGAUUUUGCUCCAAAGUGGGAUCCUCCAAGUUUAGGAGAUGUAAGUAAAGAUAUGGUUGACUGCCAUUUCUCCCCUUUUAAUGAAUUGGAGCCAGAACUGGAGCUUCCAACAGCAACGCGAGAACCUUAUUUCUGAGAUAGAUUACACAAGGA